AUGGGUGUACGGAGCGAGCACAAGCUUUCUACUGAUCACAUCCCGAUCCUGUACCGCUCAGGCAUGGAAAAGAAAGGAAGCUGCUCCCUGACCAGAGUGGACAGCACAACCUGCCUGUUCCCUGUGGAUGAGAAAGCUGUGGAGUAUUACUUUGCAUCAGAUGCCAGCGCGGUCAUUGAACACACCAACAGAGUGAUCUACCUUGAAGACGAUGAUGUGGCUGCUGUUGUGGAGGGACAUCUCUCUAUCCACCGCAUUGAGAGAAGUGCAGGAGAUCACCCAGCGCGUGCCAUUCAGACUCUGCAGAUGGAGCUGCAGCAGAUCAUGAAGGGCAACUUCAGCUCCUUCAUGCAGAAAGAAAUCUUCGAGCAGCCGGAGUCAGUUGUCAACACCAUGAGAGAACGCGUAAACUUUGAUGACCUAACAGUGAUUUUGGGAGGUCUGAAGGAUCACCUAAAAGAAAUCCAGAGAUGUCGGCGACUGAUACUCAUUGCCUGUGGUACUAGUUACCAUGCUGGAGUGGCUACCCGCCAGAUUUUAGAAGAGCUGACAGAACUUCCAGUCAUGGUGGAGCUGGCUAGUGACUUUUUGGACAGGAACACCCCUGUCUUCAGAGAUGACGUGUGCUUUUUCAUUAGCCAGUCAGGAGAAACAGCAGACACCUUACUUGCCCUGCGUUAUUGCAAAGAAUGUGGUGCCCUAACUGUAGGAAUCACCAACACUGUUGGCAGCUCCAUCUCACGAGAGACCGACUGUGGGGUUCACAUUAAUGCCGGACCUGAGAUUGGUGUGGCCAGCACAAAGGCAUAUAAUCAGUUUGUGUCUCUUGUCAUGUUUGCAGUUAUGGUUUGUGAUGACCGCAUAUCUAUGCAGGGCAGGCGCAAGGAGAUUAUGAAUGGUCUGAAGAUCUUACCAGAUAAUAUUAAAGAAGUCCUGAGCCUUGAUGAUGAGAUUCAGAAGCUGGCGGAAGAGCUGUAUCAGCAGAAAUCUGUCCUUAUUAUGAGUCGUGGCUAUCACUAUGCAACCUGCUUGGAAGGAGCCCUGAAAAUUAAGGAAAUCACAUACAUGCAUUCAGAAGGGAUCUUGGCCGGAGAACUAAAGCACGGUCCUCUGGCUCUGGUAGAUAAACUUAUGCCAGUCAUAAUGAUCAUCAUGAGAGAUCACGCCUACAACAAGUGCCAAAAUGCACUGCAGCAAGUGGUGGCAAGACAGGGUCGACCAGUAGUAAUCUGUGACAAGGCAGAUACAGAAACCAUUAACUCAAUCAAACGUACAAUAAAGGUGCUUUACACAGUGGAUUGUCUGCAAGGAAUCCUGAGUGUCAUCCCCUUGCAGCUCCUUGCCUUCCAUCUUGCUGUGCUUAGAAGAUAUGAUGUGGAUUGUCCUAGAAACUUGGCCAAGUCAGUGACAGUAGAAUAAGCUGAAGCAAUCACA